AUGAACAGCGACAACCUGGUCCGCUUUGCCGGACAUCUCUAUCGAUACAUCCGGGACCCUAUGCCUACCAACACGCACAACGACGCCAUCUGGUGCCUGGGCCAAACAUACGACUCACUCCCCGAGACCAACUCACCCACGUCCACCCAACCUCCACCCUCGCUACCGUCUACCUCAAGUCCGACACCCGCGACCGACUCUAAUCAGUCAGCCUCGUCAAUAACACCUCAGAAAGAAGACGAAUUCGAAACCAUCCAAGUCCAGGAGGCCACCAACGAUAACGCCUGGCCACCUGCCUUUCUCGACGACCUGGAGUCUCGCAUAUGGUUGACCUACCGCUCCAACUUCUCACAAAUCGCCAAGUCUACCAACCCCGAUGCCUCUUCUUCACUGUCUUUCAGGACUCGCCUCUUGCAGUUGGGCAACCAGGGAGGCUUCACAAGCGACACUGGCUGGGGCUGCAUGAUCCGAAGUGCUCAGAGCCUGUUGGCAAACACUUUACAAAUACUUGACCUGGGAAGAGACUGGCGCAGNGGGGAGCAGUCCGACUCCGAGCGAAAACUAUUGUCUCUGUUCGCAGAUGAUCCUUCUGCUCCCUUCUCCAUACACCGUUUCGUCGAGCACGGCAGCAAGGCUUGCGGCAAGCAUCCUGGAGAGUGGUUCGGCCCCUCGGCGGCAGCUCGUUGCAUCAAGUAUGCCCUCUUGUUCUAUGUUCUGAAGUCCACUUUCGCUGACCAUCAACAGNNAGCCUUGGUAGAUUCACAUGCUUCUUCUGGCCUUCGAGUCUACAUUCGUCCCGAUGACUCGAGUGUGUACGAAUACAGCCUCGUGAGCACCGCUCGCGCUUCCGACGGCUCUUUCCAACCAACUCUGAUUCUACUGGGAACCAUGCUGGGCAUUCGUGGUGUGACUCCAUCCUACAGGGAAGCCAUCAAGGCUGCUCUGCGUCUUCCUCAGAGUGUCGGCAUUGCUGGGUAUGACUUUUCUCUUGUCUGCUCCUCCUCUGACCACCGACUGACCUUUGUCCACAGUGGCCGACCAUCCUCCUCGCACUACUUCAUCGGCACUCAAGCCGACCACCUCUUCUACCUCGAUCCACACACCACGCGACCUCUACUGCCUGCUUCUCCUUCUGAAGCCGAUAUUGCCUCCUGCCACACACGUCGUCUACGCCUGAUACCACUCGAGGAUAUGGAUCCGUCCAUGCUCCUUGGCUUCCUUAUCCGCGACGAGGCAGAUUGGAACGACUGGAAAGCCGCCAUCGGGGCUACUCCACCUACCGGUACAAAGAGCAUCGUACACAUUUACAAGGAAGAGCCCUCGCUGUCCGGCGAAACUACCGAUGCCGAGUUUGAGCGUGCCGUUGCCGAAGUACAGAGCUGUGACGAAGACGAAGAAGACGACGCUAUUAUCUGA